AUGGCGAGAUUUAUUGCAACUAUUAAAGCAAUAAUAACUCGUCUAGUUUUUGCAUCCCACGGGUUCAUCGCAAUUUGGCAAGUGACGACAUUCAAGAAGAAUCCACUCUACUGGUACUUGAGCUGUCCAAUUCUCCUGCUCUUCUUCGAGGGACUCUUUACCCUAACGAUAAAGGAAAAUCAAGAGUGGAAAUGGUUCUGCCCUUCAGUAUUCCUCUACCUCGGAAGCGUAGUCCCUGCGAUAUGGCUCCUGGAAUUGGACAAAUUGGACCGAAUAAUGAGGCCCUCACCUGCGCACAUGAAUAUCUCGAAGACUUUGGACUUAUCGCACCUAGCAGCCAAGGAUCUCGAGCAGCUGGAGCAGUUGUUCGGGGUCAAAAUGCAACUGCCUGAUAUCCAGAUCUCAACAGAAACGUGGGUAACUCUCAUAGAGCAGUUUCUGAUGUUGGUGCUGAUUGUGGGUCGGUGGAUGCUACCCAAGGGCGAUCUGACUCGAGACCAGUUGAGUCAGCUGCUCCUGGUGUACAUCGGAACCGCUGCAGACAUCAUCGAGUUCUUUGACUCGUUCAAGGAGCCUAGCAUUUCUUCUGAAAUGAUACUGGUGUAUCUCACCCUGGGAAUCUGGUCUUGGUCUUUGAUCCAAUUUACUGUGGUGUUGACAGCUACCAAGUCCAGGAAAUCGAGAUUGUCCACUGGGGGCUCCGUCAGGAUGAAGCUGCAGACUGAGACCAGCUGCUGCAGCAUUGAUGUCUGGGCAAUCGCUCUCAACAUGAUCCUUCAGGAUGCGCCAUUCCUCGCAUUUCGACUACUGAUAAUCAUACACUUCAAGAUCGUCAGCUACAUGAACAUCUUCUUCACGUGCAAGAACACUCUGGUCAUUCUCCUACAGUUAUACCGUCUCUACGUCGUACAGACUGAGAAAAAAACUCGAAAUAGAAAAAGGAGGAGGAGAAUCGACAAGGAACAGAUACCGAGCAUUAGUAUCGUGUCCAGGGGGGAUAUGUACGGAUGUGAAGAGUGUAGAAGUGGAAGACGGCGACGCAAGGAAGUUGACGUUCCUUCAGAGACAGAUUAUUCCUCUGAAGAGCAAAAUCGAUAUGAGUUGGCGCCGAAAAACUUGGACAAGUCUACAAGGAGAACGAGAAAUGACACAGGAUACUCUACCUCCAGCUCUAGGAACUCAUCGAAACACGAGAAAUACCACAAAAGAGAGAUGAAACGAAGUUCCUCAACGCGGAGAGAAUUCCGUAAGAACGAAGUGACUUAUGAAGACGAAAAACGACAAUCAAAGGCGGAUAAACACAUAUCAAGGAAUUCCCACAAGAGUUCCAAUCCCAGCAAAUCAACAUUGAAAUCGAAAUCGGAGCGGAAGAAACGAAAGGAGCGAGAAAAAUCAGAGUCCAUUGAGGAAGAUCAGAGCUCCAAUUAUUCCGUGGAGGAAGAGGAAACACAGAGUGGGAGCAGCGAGACCGAAUCAGAGUCUGAGCAAAGAUAUCAACGUCGUAAACGUCGCCGUAGAGAAUGACACCGGAAAGUCGGUGUUUUCAUCCUAUCAAUUAUUUAUUCAGCUAUUCUAGCAGUAUGUGUUCUGUACAUCUACGCAGGGAUCAAUGGAGGAAUCAUUUUAGCCUCGAUGACUCGUCAUGAAUCAGAAAUCUGAGUCAACUUUUUGCAUUACGUAAUUUAUUCCUCAUCUAAUUAUCAACGGAACAAUCACAGUAUUUUAUGAAUUUAUUAAUUAUGUUAUUAAUCAUCCUAUCGCGGAGUAAACUGGUGCGUGAAAAUAAAUCUCAACAGCAAUAACUGAUUGUUCCCUAAAUAUCCCGACA